GCCGCGCUCGGUGCCGGGUGAAGGAACCGGGAGGCAAGAGGAGUAGCUCCGAACUUAGUCCUUCGGGUUCUGCCUUCCGUCAGCUGGGCCUGUUCCAUGGGGAUCGUCAGGAAGCUGCUGGGUGCCGUUAAGGGGCAAAAAAAUAUCCAGCAAAAUCUGGAAAGUAAAACAAAAGGGAAACUUCAAAAGCAAAUUUGUCGAGUUAUUCUGGAUCACUUUGACAAGCAGUACACGGCAGAACUGGGAAAUGCAUGGAGCAGUGUCAGAGAUGUCCUCACGUCCCCAUUGUGCUGGCAGCACUCCAUUCUGCUGAACAGGUUCAGCCCAUGCACUGAGCUGGAGAACAGCUUGUGUGUGCAGGGGUAUCACCCUGCCUUCCAAGGAGGUUUGCCCUAUCUUCCAGCAGCAUUGAAGUGCUACAUCAGGAGAACUCCUGGGAGAUUCCCUGCUCAGAAACAUCAGGCUGGUAAACUGAAGGAGUACUACCUGCUGAAUGCGGCGUCGCUGCUGCCGGUGCUGGCCUUGGAAGUGAAGGAUGGGGAGAAUGUUUUGGAUCUCUGUGCUGCACCUGGGGGUAAAUCAGUGGCUGUCCUGCAGUGUGCCUGUCCAGGUCAGUUUCACUGCAAUGAAUAUGAUGAUUUGAGGGCAAGAUGGUUGGAAGAGACCAUAGAAUCCUUCAUCCCACGACCUUUGAUUAACUCCAUAAUGGUCUCCAAACUGGAUGGCAGACACAUUGGAGAUCUUAAGCCUGAAUUAUAUGACAAGGUACUGGUUGAUACUCCUUGUUCAAAUGAUAGAAGUUGGCUUUUCUCUUCUGAUAUUCAUCAAGCUACACUCAGGGUGAUCCAAAGGAAGGAAUUAUCAUGUUUACAAUUCCAGCUUCUGAGGUCUGCUAUUAAAGCACUGCGUCCUGGUGGAUCCUUGGUGUAUUCUACGUGCACUCUCUCAAAGGCAGAAAACAGUGAUGUGAUAAACCUCAUCCUAAACUCCUGCAGCAAUGUUAUGCCUGUGGAUAUAAGUGAAAUGGGCAGAGCUGUUUCUCAGGAAUUCACUUUUCUUGAUGGCUUGCAGCAGCAUGAACUUCUGGUGCUUCCAGAGAGAGGGAGAGCGUGGGGUCCAAUGUACGUGGCUAAAUUAAAGAAAAUCUAGUCCACCUGGUGCCUGUUAGCUCUUUGUAAGGAAUAUAUGAUAAAUUAAUAUUGAUUUAGAGUAUAGGAUGUGUAUAUGAACAUGUUCAAGGCAACUGAAUUUAGAGCUGCCUAAUAAACAUGUUCAAGGCAACUGAAUUUAGAGCUGCCUAAUAAAAAAGAAGCUAGAUAUUUAACUUAUUUUGGCUUAAAAUACUCAAUGUGUCUUCUAAUUUGGACUUGUGGGCCUCUGUGAAAUCCUUGUGAAGUCAAGGGAGCUUUGUAUUAUUUUCAAGGGAAUUUUAUUCUAGAAUAGGGCCCAAUGUGGUGGAGUUUCCUGUGGGAGGCGGGUCUGAGGGGCACAGAGGAUGUGCCCAGGUACAGAGCCCAAGGAGCAUGCCCCAGAGUUAGUGAACUGGUUGGUUAAGAAAGUCACCUGAUAUGUAAGGAUAAAAGGGCGUGUGAGUUUGAAUAAAUCCUCUUUGU